CGAAAGCCUCAGGAUGCUGCUCAGCGCAUCCAUCGGACUGCAAAAUAAUAUCCUCAUUGUAUCUGAAUAUUUAAAAAAAAAGCAGAUCUAUGUUGGUAUUUUUGCACAUUUGAAGGGAAGAACAGUGCGUUGUGUCUCAGACUGAGCUCUAAUUCUCUGAUAAGAGCAUCAGAUACCAAGUGAAUCCAAGAGAGAGAGCACCACGCAAGCGCGUAAAGAAGAGAUUGGACACCUGAUUUUGUGGGGUGUCUUUACAGAGCUAUUUCACAUUUUAAGUCCAACAAUCCGUAUUUUUACUCGGCAUUCACGUUGCAGUAAGACAAAUAUCGUGGAUUACUAUCAGCAUGGACAAAUGGGGAAAAGAGGACAGAUCACUGCGUUGACUUUUGAGGCAACGUGCACAGACUUGACGCUAUAGCGUUACGCAUUAAUUUUACUGUGAGUGCUUUUUCUGGUCUAAUUUUUUUCUGUGUGUGUGUGAGGUCAACAUUGUAAAAGUCAAAUAUCUGUGGAUAAAGAACAGAGCAGGGUGUUGUCAGAGAGGGAUGAGAGGAGGAGGGGGCAGUAUGAGGUGUGCUUUUUUUGGAAAAGCCGGAGAAAGACGGACACCGAGAAGGUGUACUGAUGUGCGAAAGCCUGCGACGCGUUACCCUCCUGAGAAAUAAUUGCGAUCAUGGAAGAAAUGGCCUAGUUAAAACAUCAUCGACACAGCCACAGAGGAUAGAAAAGAGUCUCAUUUGGAUGGACGGGCCAUCAUCAUCGUCAUCAUCGUAAUUCCGGUGCUGGCAUCGAGUCUUUUUAGGUGUAAUUGGAUUCCUGACUGCAGCCGCGGGCCCAUCAGGAGUUCCGAAGAAGAAGAAGACGGAUGAGACCACACAGUCUACCUGAGAAUGCGACCUAUCCUACAGCCUCACCAUGUCACAAUAGGGAAACAGUUCACCUGUCCCCUGCCACAAAUCCUCUUUUUGUCUUCUUUUACCCCUAUAAGUCACUGAAUUAAUGAUCCUUCUCUUCACCCAUCUGUAGUCUUAUUGAUAUGACUAAAAGAGCCUUUAUUUUGGACAUGUUGUUUUUUCCUCUGAAUGCUGCCAGCCACCAAGGCUAUGGUGGGAAGCGUCACCAUACUUCUCAACAGGUUGCCAAUCAAUGUCUGGUGUGGCUCUUGGGACUAGUCCUUCACCUGACCCUUUCCUCAUGUCAGCGGGUUGACCUGAAACACCCCAUAGUGACCACAGGCUAUGGAAAGAUUCGUGGUAUCAGGAAGGAGCUUAGCAAUGACAUCCUGGGCCCGGUGGAGCAGUACUUAGGUGUGCCAUAUGCUACGGCGCCAAUCGGCGAGCGCCGCUUCCAGCCUCCGGAAGCUCCUGGCUCUUGGCAAGAGACACGAAACGCUACCAAUUUUGCACCUGUGUGUCCCCAGAAUGUCCAUGGGGUGUUACCUGAGAUCAUGCUGCCGGUGUGGUUCACAGACAAUCUGGAUGCUGCAGCAACUUAUGUUCAGAACCAGAGCGAGGAUUGCCUUUACCUCAAUAUUUAUGUACCCACUGAAGAUGGUCCGCUUACAAAAAAGCAAGACGAGUCUUCACUGAACAGACCAAGGGAUGAAGAUAUUCGAGACCGUCGUAAGAAGCCAGUGAUGCUGUUCAUCCAUGGAGGCUCAUACAUGGAGGGCUCAGGGAACAUGUUCGAUGGCAGCGUUCUUGCUGCCUAUGGAAAUGUCAUCGUGGUCACCAUGAACUAUCGCCUUGGUGUGCUCGGGUUUCUGAGCACAGGGGACCAGUCUGCUAAGGGGAACUAUGGCUUGUUGGACCAGAUCCAGGCCCUGCGCUGGCUCAAUGAAAACAUUGGCCACUUUGGAGGGGACCCAGAGAGAAUCACCAUCUUUGGCUCUGGAGCUGGUGCCGCCUGUGUGAACCUUCUCAUCCUCUCGCACCACUCUGAGGGCCUGUUCCACAGAGCCAUUGCUCAGAGUGGCUCCGCUAUCUCCAGCUGGUCAGUCAACUACCGACCACUGAUGUACACCAAGAUCUUGGCCAGGAAAGUUGGCUGCUCUCUGGGGGAUAUGGCUGAGCUGGUGGAUUGCCUGAGGAGGAAGAGUUUCCGCGAGCUGGUGGACCAGGACAUCCAGCCUGCACGCUACCAUAUCGCUUUUGGCCCUGUCGUAGAUGGGGACGUGGUUCCGGAUGAUCCUGAGAUCCUCAUGCAGCAGGGCGAAUUCCUCAACUACGAUAUAUUGCUGGGUGUAAACCAAGGAGAGGGCCUGAAGUUUGUUGAUGACAGCGAAGGAGAGGACGGAAUAUCAGCAGCCUCAUUUGACUAUACCAUCUCCAACUUUGUGGAUAAUCUGUACGGAUACCCUGACGGUAAAGAUAUCCUACGGGAAACUAUAAAGUUCAUGUACACAGACUGGGCUGACAGGGACAACAGUGACAUGCGUAGGAAGACCCUCCUGGCUCUGUUCACAGACCAUCAGUGGGUGGCCCCAGCUGUUGCCACUGCCAAACUGCACGCUGAGUUCCAGUCACCUGUCUAUUUCUACACGUUCCACCACCACUGUCAGACUGAAGCGAGGCCAGACUGGGCAGACGCAGCCCACGGAGAUGAAAUCCCCUACGUGUUUGGGAUCCCCAUGGUGGGAGCCACUGACCUCUUUCCAUGUAACUUCAGCAAGAAUGAUGUAAUGCUCAGCGCUGUAGUCAUGACAUACUGGACCAACUUCGCCAAGACAGGAGAUCCUAACUUUCCUGUUCCUCAGGACACCACUUUCAUCCACACCAAGCCUAAUCGCUUUGAGGAGGUCGUCUGGACCAAGUUCAGCUCCAAAGACAAACAGUACUUGCAUAUUGGCCUCAAGCCUCGUGUCAGAGAUAACUAUCGGGCCAACAAGGUGGCCUUCUGGCUGGAGCUGGUACCACAUCUCCACAGCCUCCAUGAGGAAAUCAUUAGCUCCAUUACAACUCGACAUCCGCCCGGGCCCAAACACAAGAUCACUCACGUCCCUGGCACCCCCUCUACACGGCGCCCUGUUACGUCCCCCUCUCCAAUCGAUCUGGGGCCUGACGGUUCAGAGAGACCCCGGUAUAAUCCCUUUCCCAGCGAGACCCGGGACUACUCCACCGAGCUGAGUGUGACCGUAGCUGUGGGUGCGUCACUCCUUUUCCUGAAUGUGCUGGCUUUUGCAGCGCUUUACUAUAAACGGGAUAAGCGCCAUGAACUUAUGCAGAGACGCCACCGCCGACUGUCCCCUCAACGUGGCACCACAAUGGGCAUGGGAGUUGGCAUGGGAGUCGUGGGAUCACCACCGCACAAUGACCUGGCACUGAGUCAGGAGGAGGAAUUGAUGUCACUGCAGAUGAAGCAGCAAAGAGUGGAGCUGGAGCACGGCACGCCCCUCCCGUCCCGUGGCGUCCAUGGUGACCUGGAACCUCUUCGGCCUCCCGUGUGUCCACCUGACUACACGUUGGCCCUGCGGCGGGCACCGGAAGAUGUGCCACUGAUGACAGCCAAUACCAUCACCAUGAUCCCCAGCACCAUCAGCAGCAUGCAGCCCCUCCAUCCCUUCAACACUUACCCCCCAGUCCCGGCCCCCUCCACUACACCUGUCCCCAGCCACAGCAACAAUGCCCUGCCACACCAACACUCCACCACCCGUGUAUAGGACCAGGCACAACCUCUGCUACCCACUAUGGGCUUACAGAGACACACCACACAAACUGCUCCAUACAAACUUUCUCUCACUAUCACAACCGUCUAUUCUUUACUGUUCUUCUCUGUAUCUUUGUCUUUUCUCAUUAAGCCCUCAAUUAAAGCUGCAGUUUGUAAGCUUUUAAGCAGUGAAAUACCUCUAAAAUGUAAUCAUAAAUCAAGGGGAGUUGAUUAAAAUAGCUCCUUUGCCAACAGCUUGUCAUCAUUGGUACAUAGUGCUUUGCCUCAUUAAAGUGCUUUCAGUAUUUGGUGCUUUGAUGAGACACCAAAAAUGCAGCUUUAAGCUUGUAGCUCACUCUCAGAGAGGUAUAGAGCCAAUCACAGUCAAUCAGGCAUCUACUGUGUAGCUUGGUUGUUUUGCGCAUGUGUUGUUGUGUCAGUGUAAAACUAUGUUUAACAUAGAAUACAAAUAUUCAUUUUCAUUUAUCAUUUAGUAAAAAGAUAAUACAGUAGCAAGCAGCUUUGAAUGAGGCAGCAUAUGCCCCAACAAGCUGUCUGUCAUAAAGCGGUGAUUUCUUGAAACUUACAAAUUGCAGCUUUAAAGGCCCAAUCUGGAAGUGAAAUUUGGCACCCUGUGUUGAGCACUAUGUCCCUACAGCUGUCUCUGUGUCUGAUUUGGAAACUUUUGAAGUCAGAAAUGUAUUGUCUGGUUUGCAGUACAAGAAUCUGAGAGAUAAGCAAGAGUUUUCCCUUAAUUAUAAAAUGUAUUUUUCUAUUAAGAUGUUAGUGUAAAUGAUAUUCAAAUCAGAGAAGUUAGCUUCAUAAAAAUAUGUAUCCUCAUAACCAAAUGUCUUAGACCAUUUCCAGAUUGGGGCUUCUACUACUGGGCGUUACAGGAAAUAACUGAAUCAUACUCAGUCUGUGAGAUGCAACCUGGAAUCCAGGUUGCCCAUUAGAUCUUGCUGCAUCUUGGCCACACAGGCGCUAAUCAUGUCCAUUACUUUAUUUGUUUCUCACUCAUUAUCUCUCUGUCUGUGUCCUCAUCUCAGUCCAUUUAACUGCUUCUCCAUUUGCUGCCUCAUAGUAUUUUCUCUGUACAUCUGCCCUUGUAGCUCUUUUUAUUAAACCAUUGGCAUAAUCCAUUUCCAUCUUCACUUCUUUCCUCUCUCUCUCGCAAUCACUUCUAGACUCUUUUUUCCUUUUGGAGUCUUUUAUACAAAAACACAAAUGUAAAUGAUGUAUUAUUAAUAAAUUGUAAGGAUAUGAAUGAAAAAAAAAAGAUAUUCUGAUAUCUCGUUUUUACCAGCAUUCUUGGUGCCAAGUACUGUGAUAAAGUUCCUCUCCCACUGGCGUCCAGUGGACUGCCUGGAGAGGUGCAUCCUGACUGUAUCUUACAAAAGGAAUUACCAUCAUAAAAAGUGCCAACCCCUUCAUUUUUCUGUUCGAUCCACACGUUUUUCUUGUUUUUUGUUUUUUUAAUUUUUUAAUUACACUCAGUGUUGCACUGUGGCUGGUCUCUUCUUUAAGGGAAAUCAGAUUCAAUAUAUCCUUGUUUUAAAAAAAUAAAUAUAGCGUUUUAUUAACUACUUUGCUGUCUGGGAUAUUUGCAUGUUUCUUUAACUGUGUGGACAGAGACGUUUGUCAUUUUGAUUUUUCAUGUUUUGCCUUGUUAAUUUUUUUUUUUCUUUUUUGAGUAUCAUUUCAUUUCCUAUUUUAAAAUCAGCUGCACUUUGUGGUACUUCAAAUGGUAUAAAAAGUAUUAAGAGAUGAAUAUUGUGUAAAACUAUGAUAACAAAGAGAGUAAAUAUUUCCUCUUUAUUUUUUUCAUUUCCUAACACUGAGGCUGUGCCACAAAUUACCAGAAAGACUGAUGAAAGCCUUUUUUUCUUCCCCCUCUUUUUUGCUGUUUCUCUUAUCUUUUGCACAGUCACCAUCUCUCAAUCUCACCGGAAGAAAGCACUUUUUUAAGUUACAAAAAAGAAAACGACUACUUUACAUGAAUAGUCUAAAUAAGGUUUUUGUCUGUGACUGACAUUACCCACAUGCUUCAAGUGUUUGAAGACUGCCUGACAGUUAUCUUUUCUUGUCUGCUCUUUUGUUGUUUUAUUAUUCUCCUUUCUACACAGUGGAAGAAAGGAUGAGAUAUAUUUAUCAUGGCCAAAAGGUGAGAAAGCCUGGUAUGCGCGUUUCACAUCUUUCGCACAAUUGAACAGAGACGGGCCGCACUCUGGACAUUUAUGAAACAACCCAGUGACAUUAGGACAAAACUGGACAAAUGCAGACAGUGGUUCAGUGGUGGUGAUAAAGUAGAUCGUCAACUUUGAUCUGUCAGUGCACAGAGGAUGCAUUCUAAAAAACAUGAGUAAAAAAAAAAUCCUUAAUGACAGACAUUACUCAUACACCAUAUACCACAAAACCAAGACACGCGGGAUCAAUUAUGUUCUGUAUCCUGUCCUCUUAUGAUACCGACACUCUGGAGCCAGACUGCCAUCCCUCACACUGGACUGGGAGAGCUAAGAGGACAAAAGAACAAAACCAACACACAAAAACAAACUGUACAUUUUUUAAGUGUAAGAGAACAACCUGGAAAUUUGUAAAUAUUCUGUUUGUUGUUUGGUUUGAGUGAUUGGCCAGAUCUUUUCUUUGUGACAACAGGUGCAAGUUUAGAUGAUUUACAUGAUUUUAGCACUCAUGCGUAUGUUUAAUUCUCUUUCUUUUCCUUGAUCUCAAGGGCAAAUUCGAGUAGGUUAUGGGCACAUGUAUACAUACAUGAAUAAUCUUUUAAUUAAAAAAAAAAAAUCACAGCAUGGUUAAGGUCAGCAUAAACACGGAAAGGAAUGCUUACGGCUCAGGUUAGCCUAGAUAUUGUGGUGAUAUAAAUGCUCUUGCUGCAUAUAUGGCUGUCAGAAGCAUAACACACCUGACACUAGCCCAUUAAUCAUGAAGGCAGCUUUUGAAAUGAGUCCUUUCAUUGGUGAAAAAGCCAAAGAACAGCAGCAAAGACAACAGACAAAGACAGGGAAAACAGGAAUGAUUUGAAAAACGAGGCAGGAAAAAGAGAGAUAGAGAACCGAGGUAUAAAAAAAAAAAAAAUGGCCUCAAAGCAAACCACAAAUCAAGGAGUUUUACCUGUGAUGCUUUUGGAUUUAAUUGUUAGUGUCUCACAUUGUCUUGAGCAUUGUCAUACAGUAUAAUCUGUAAUUGGGAGGUUGUGAAAUCCUUUGUACUUUUGUAGUCUUAUUUCAAACACUAAUCAUGGUGGUUGUUUUGCUCCCUUUUGCAAUUCUGUCUGCGCAUUCUGUUUCUGGGAUUAUUGACCCAGCUGUUUGAUGUGAAUUUGAGUUGCCCAUGCUUUUAAAACACAGCAUUACAAAGACAUUUUUUUUUCUUUUUUUUUUUUUCUUUUUUUUGGUGAAUCAAGGUUUUGGUCAGCCAACAGAUAAUGGAAGCACACUCACAAGUUUACAUGUUUACACUGCAGUUUUGAUGUUGGCUUAGGCUAAGGUAAGGAAAAACUUGAAUAUAUAUAUAUAUAUAUAUAUAUAUAUAUAUAUAUAUAUAUAUAUAUAUAUAUAUAUAUAUAUAUAUAUAAUUAAAAAAAAAAAAGCAUUACAAGGAUCCAAAUAUCUUCUUAUUACAAAUGCUGGCUGGUAAAGUGAAGGCUUGCACCUGUUUGUCUGUUUCAUUUAGUCUGUUUCAGUAAUCUGCUUAAAGCUCAAGAUACUGUGAGAGAGCAUAAUGACUAGGAGGGGUUGAAAGAAUUAAAGUUAAUAUUUCUAUUUCAAAUAGAGGCUAUUACACACUGUAUGUUGUGUAUCUGAACUGGAAAACAUUAAAAGACAUUCUUAAACAAA